UGUUUUCGCUGGGUCGUAGUGAUGUGUAGCCACCAUGAGUGAAGGGAGAAAUAAAGCUGGAUCAUGGCAGCGUUUCGGUGCGUCGGUGCGUCUGCUGAGGUGCCACGUUUUGUCCUGCGUUUUAUACUGAAGAUCCACCAGGACACCGCGUCACACAGCGGGGAGGAUUUAUUACGUUAAGGAGGGAAGCUCAUCUCUCAUUCUGUGUGUGUGUGUGUGUGUGUGUGUGUGUGUGUGUGUGUGUGUGUGUGUGUGUGUUUCUCUCUCUCUCUCUCUCUCUCUCUCUCAUUCUCUCUCUCUGUCUCUGUGUCUCUCUCAUUCUGUGUGUGUGUGUCUGUGUGUGUGUGUGUGUGUGUCUGUGUGUCUCAUUCUCUCUCUCUCUCUCUCUCUCUCUCUCUCUCUCUCUCUCUCUCUCUCUCUCUCUCUCUCCCUCCAAACUCCCUCCCAAAAAUGGGCCGUGCGUCAGUGUAACUGAGGUAAAGUGACCUUUAAUUUCAUCGUCCCAUGGAAGAUCUCCACGAUAACGGCGUUAUGUUGCCGCGGGAGACGCGUCGUGUUGCAAAAACGGCGGCGGUCGCGACCAGCGGUGAGUCUUCAUCAUCCUCCUCCUCCUCCUCCUGCUGCUCAAUCAAUAACGGUGGCUCGCGCUUGCCCGCGCACUCCACGGCCUCUGCUCAUCACCAUCACCACCACCACCACCACCACCAACACCACCACGGUGCUCUUCCGAGGAGACACCCACCACCUUACCACUUCAGAGUUCAUCAUCUCUUCCCAGAGGAGAAAGCUCAGGAUCCUGUGGUGAGGAAACAUCUCCCCGCGCUCCAGUACAAGGUGCACGACUCUGCCUUCUGCCGCGUCCUCAGCACGGACACCACCGCCGCCGCUCUGGCCGCCGCCGCCGCCGUGUGCUCAGGCAGUGUGGAUGCUGAUGUGUGGAAGUGUGGAUAUCUGAGAAAACAGAAACAUGGACACAAGAGGUUUUUUGUGUUGAGGGGACCCAGCAACCUUGGGCCCAGUCGCCUGGAGUACUAUGACAGUGAGAAAAAAUUCCGAAAUGCACUAAAAGCUGCUGCCUCCACUGCCGGUGUUGUGUGUCCUCCUAAGAGGGUUAUUUACCUGUCUCAGUGUUUCACAGUCAACAAGAGGGCUGACGCUAAGAACAAAUACCUCAUUGCUCUUUAUACUAAAGAUGAGUAUUUUGCUAUGGUGGCUGACAGUGAGCAGGAGCAGGAGGACUGGUACCUGGCCCUCACAGAACUGAUGACCGAGGGCAAAAAGGGGCAGCUGGACACGGACGAGUUAGAUGACGGUUAUGGGACCAUUUCACCUGGGACCAUUUUUAAAGAGGUGUGGCAGGUGAAUGUGAAACCCAAAGGUUUGGGGCAGACCAAGAAUUUAAUGGGGGUGUACCGUCUGUGCCUUUCCGCUAAGACAAUUCACCUGGUGAAGUUAAAUUCCGAAACCCCUGCUGUGAACCUGCCUUUGAUGAACAUUCGCCGUUGUGGACAUUCGGAAAGCUUUUUCUUUAUCGAGGUGGGACGCUCUUCUUCUAUUGGCCCAGGUGAGAUCUGGGUACAAGUGGAAGACUCUGUAGUGGCUCAGAACAUGCACGAGACCAUACUGGACACUAUGAAAGCUUUAAAGGCCUUUCCAGACUUCAGACCACGGAGCAAGAGCCAGUCUUCUGGUUCCAACCCCAUACCAUUUAUCACGACGCGCCGCCACUUUGGCAAUCUCCCUCCCAGCCAGACAGGGCUCCAGCGUGCCUCCAGAACUGAUUCAGUGACGGGCAUAUCUCCUGCAGGAAAGAGUAAAAGCAUGAUAGGACUGCGCUACCGUACGUCCAGUGAAGGCGAGGGCACCUCAGAUCGACCGCUCAGCUCGGGCACGGGCAGCUUGUUGCACCUAAACACACCUUGCCUCAAUGUGGGCCGGGAGGAGAGUGGCGGCUGCUGUACCCACGCUUCACCUGGUUUUGCCCAUCAUACCCGCUCUGCCUCGCUGCCCGUAUCGCACUUCCUGUCUGCUACCAGUCCUAUCAGUGUUUCUAGCAGCAGUGGCCACGGUUCAGCCUCAGACACACAUACACGACCCUCCAGCUCCUCCAUCUGUGGCUCUCCCAGUGAUGGAGGCUUUAACUCCUCUGAUGAAUUCUGUCCAAGCCCAUGUGACUUCAGAUAUUUUCAUGCAAGCAGCAGUACACCUGAACCACACAGCGACACUCCGCCAGUUAGGGAGGAGAACCGACUAGUGGACUACAUGGCCAUGGAUUGGUACAAAGACACACAGGGUGGAACCAGGACUUUUGAGGAGGAGAGCAGUUAUAUGGAAAGAACUUUUUUCAAGCUCACACAUUAUGCCAAGCCCAAACCUGCUAACAGUUUAGGUGUCAUGCACCAGAAAGCAACACAGACUUCAUCUUCAUUAGAUGAACCGAGCCCUGUGGAGUCAAAACGGCAUGCUGUCUGCUCCUGCCUCCUUAAAGCAGACUAUAAAUCUUACUCUGAGUUACAUCACCCAAACAGGCCUCCCUCUCUCAACGCAGACGGUCAGAAGAAACUGCUUAAGGAAGACGGUUACAUGCCUAUGAUAUACAGCAUCAUCUCCUCUCCUCAUACAGAUUACACCCCUAUGCAACCCAGAGCAAACGACCCGGUCUCCGUGCACCUUCAUCCAUGCUCCUUACAGCAGGUGGACAAACACGGCUACAUGAUGAUGCUGCCACAAGACAACCCUUCUCCUGGAAUAAACAGUCCCUCCAGCAGAAGCCAAAAUGAAUAUGAUGAUUACAUGGAAAUGUCCCGGGUAAGCGCUGCUGAAGGCUACAUGCAGGCUUCCCCUGAAGGCCCCAAGUCUUAUGGCUCCUAUUUCUCUCUUCCACGCUCUUACAAAACCCCGUGCCGAGAGGAUCGCCGAGAAACAGAAUAUGUUCCCGAGUCGCCUGUUGAACCUCUGAGCCCUACCAGUCCAGGAGAGUACAUUCACAUGGAGUGUGGAGACAGGCUUCCUCAUGCAGGCUCCUCAUCCUCCCCGUCGGCAGUGGACUCCCCCACCGGGCCAACUUCUCAGCCUUGUUAUCAGCUGUGCUGCUCUUCACCUGACCACGACUACAUGGGUCUAAACAUGGACAACCUUCUGAAGAACCGUCCUCCUCGCCAUUCUCUCGUAGCCCCGUGGAACCCUCCAAACUACGCACGCCCCUUAGGGUGCACCUAUGGCCAGGCUCAGAAUGACUUUGUCCCCAAGAACAUCCACAGAGAAGCUGAGAGUCCCUCCAGGCUGAUACAGCACCUGUGUGUGUCAGAAAGGUCACCCAGCCCUCAAACUGAGCCUAAGGUCAUAAGGGUAGAUCCACAAGGCCGGAGGAGACACAGCUCAGAGACUUUCUACCCUUGUUCUGGUGGCACUGCGGGUGGAUGUGCUGCUAGAGCCUCUGCCAUUGUGAAUCUUGCAGAAGGCUGUCGAUGGCAGAAUUCUGCCUCAUUUGACAGCAUGUGGUCAUACACAGAAGAUCAAAGAUCUCCAGACUCUGUUCUCCUCACUGCUAACUGUGCCACUGGAGGAACGUGCUGCAACGUUUCAUCCAGCUACCUCAACUAUAUCGCUCUGGACCUGAGGGAAGUCCCAAGGAUGACCCAUGAUGCCACACCUCCAUACCCAUCUCACGGGACACUCGAGGAGCACGAGGUUUGUGCUUGUUUGGACUUAUCCAAGUCAGGAGGACACACCACUGCCUCCAAAGAGUGAACAUGCUGUAUGCUGGGAGGAAAUCAGUAUUUUGGAAAUCCGGUUGACUCCAGAGUGCAGAAGAGGAAGCUGCCUCACCCUCAUCCUCCUCCUCUUCAUCAGACCUCGAACUGCAAAGACUGAAUAAACUACACAGCCUCUGUUGCUCUGUAUCUCUUACAUAACUGCCUCAGACUGGUUCCAUUUUUAUUGUUCAGUUAAAACACACCUGUGUUAUUGUUUACGUGAGUGACUGCGCUGAUCGUGAGUCCAAAAUCUGAGCUGUGAACUUCAUCUGAACUUCGAGCACUUACUAAACUCCAUCAUGUUCUUCUUCUCAGUCCUCAAACAACCUGCUGAAUCACUGUAAAUACGAGGUGCUUGUGUAUUACAUGAGAUUUUGUAAAAAUGUGCCAACUACUUAGUAGUCCCCUUAACACACACACACGCACACACACACACACACACACACACACCUCUUUAUUUAUUUAGAUCGAUUUGUAUGUCUGAGAAUAGUUUAUUUUUUUGGGGAACUUACACAGUUAAGGGAUUCGUAUUGGCCCCACACACACACACACACACACACACACACACACAACCUUUAAAGUGAGACUAGUUAAUAUUUUGGGUUCCAUUGGGGACUUGGAUGCGCUGUAUAUUCGUUGUAGCUGAAUGUUCUGGUGAUUUUGAUGGCGUUUGGGGUGAAUCCUGUUCCCAGUGUGCGAGUCUUCAGACUUUCACUGAUUCCUUUCUGCAUUCACUAAAACACUUCAGAAGGUCCACAGAUGCUGCAGAAGCAUGUGUGUGUCUCCUGAAGCAGUAGAUUACAGUGAUGUUUAGAGAGAGUGUUCUAGCGUCUCUGAGCUCUGAGGAGUUUCCCCCCCUGGAGGGUGGGGGGUCUCACUGAACACAAACUCACACUUAGCACUUUGUAGUUAUUAGAUAAAUUUAAAUAAAAAUAAGACAGUGUUUCUGAUUCACAUCGUCGUCACUACCUCCAGUCCAGAUCACUGGGAAUCGAUUCAGUAAAUCUGUCUGAAAAAGAUAAAUGUUUAAUCACCUGGAAUCUCUUUAGAUGUAAAGUCUAGUUUUUACACACACACACACACACACACACACACACACACACACACACACACACAAAGAGUUUCGUUUUGUAUUUGGAAUGUGGAAGGGCACCUGAGUAACAUCUUUUCAUUCUGUUGUAUUUUUUAUUUAUUUCAGAUUUGUAUUGAUUUUCUGUGAAAAUGCUGCAGAUGAGUUGAAAUUUUUUACUGUCUUCAGUUUCAGCCUGAAAAUGAGGAAACAAAAAGAGGACAAAGUUUACUGAGAUUGUUCCUCUGAUCCACACAGGUGAAGUCCACACAGGUGAAGCCUCCACUUCCUCUCAGUGCUCUGUUCUGAUCUCUGCUGCAUUCAUUCACUUACUUAUCGAUUGAUUGAUUGAUUGAAUCUGAUCCAGUUCUGUUCACUGCACACGGCGCCGUCUGUACGGAGCCACGCUGGCUCACGUGACGCUUACAGAAAGGAGAUGUUCAUGUAAAUAAUGAAGUUAUUUAAGAACGUGUUUUCUCAAAUCUUAUUUAUUUAUUUAUUUAUUUAUUUAUGAUUUCUACCUAAGGGAUAUUCCCAGUCCCUUCCUUGCCUGUACCUGAAAGCUUUAUAAGAAGACGUGUUGGCUAGAGGUCGUGGUGGAAAGCUGUGUAGUGAGAAGUGUUUAGCUUUGCAGUAGUCGUCCAGAUUGAUGUUGGGGCAAAAAUCCCCACGCUGUAUGUCAGUGAGCUUUCCAUUUGUUUCCAUGGCGCUCUGGCAGCCAUAGUUUUUCUUUGACUAGCAUUUAUGUCAUGAUAUUGCGUUGCUUUUAAUGUAUGUAAAUGUGAUGUGGGAUUGAGGGAGGGGUGAAGAAUACUAACAGUCCUCUAGGUUUUUUGGGAAGUUUCCUAAACUGCAGUAAUGAGCUGAAAAAGAAUCACGCUCAUGUUUUUAUUUUGUACUUUGAGAUCUUUUGAGGAUCUAGAACUGGGGAACCUGAUAUUGUAAUCAGUGGAAUCAUGCUAUUGGUCUUUUUUAUUUACUUUGUUGUUUGAGUUUUUUAAGGAAGAGAGCAGCAAGAAAAAAUGAGCUGAACUGGGCAGAGUGUGCUGAUGAUUUGCAUUUCUUUUCUCCUGAGGAUUCCAGUCAACGCUCACAAUCUCCUACUUAAAGUCUGUGAUUGAACCAUGCUGGGAGAACCGGAUCAUUCGAAACACUGUCUUCCUUUGUAAAUAUUGUAAUUUUUUGAUAUCCCUUUCUCUUGUUGAUCAUGCUACACAGCACCCACUGUCCAUGAUCUCAGAAUGAGGGUGUCUGGGGAUUUUUUUGUCAGUUCUACAUUUUUAUAUUUUAUUUUUGGUGUAUAUUUAACAAAUUGGGUUUUGCUUGUCAUAGAGCUAUUGCAAUAAAAAAGUGCCAAGGUA